AUGCAGAACGAAGGACUCAGCGACUUUGUAGCUACAUUGCAGUCCUUCAAGGAUUUGAAAUCCGGAAUUUCCGGGUCACGUAUCAAAAAACUGACCGCUUAUGCGCUUGACCAUGUGGAGGAAGAGCCGCAGCUAAUGCAGAUGGUCAUAGGCUAUUCAAAGGAUACCGCCGACACCCACAAGCUGGGCUCCUUGUACAUUAUAGAUUCCAUCGGUAGAGCGUUUCUCGAACAGGCCCGUUCGCGGGACGAGUACAUCAAACCAACGGCCAAAGUGGGUUCUUGUGCGCAUGGUGUGUAUGUCUUGGGCGAGGCCAUCCAGGAGCUGUUGGGCGAAGCAAUCAGCAAGAGUAGUGAAGACCACAAGGAAAAAAUCCUGACCUUGAUCGAUAUAUGGGACAGGAGCGGAUUGUUCCAAAAGGGUUAUUUGAAUGCUGUAAGAGCCAAGUGGUUUUCAACCGCUAGAAACAACUCAACCUCUUUACCUGCUGCGGCCCCUCAGCUGGCAAAUUCUUCUGUUUUGCCGCAGGAUCCCGCUAAGAGGUGCAUCGAGAUUCUUGAUAGCUUGAAACCAUCCACUCAAGUUUCUCAGGUUAGCAUUCCCAAUUCUCUAAGCUCUCCAGAUGUCGCUUUACAACACGCGGCUUUGUUUCGACUUUUGGUUGAUAUCCAGCAGCAGCACAGGAGCACGAGCACGACAACGGCACCUAUGGUACCCCCAAUUCCCGCUCCAUCUCAAGUUUCCAGACAGGCUCAGCCGUCGGAAAGUUAUGAGCAACAAUGGACAAGAGAGGAAAGAAGGGAGCGGUACGAUAACUCAUCUAGAAGAAGUAGAUCGCGUAGUCCGCCCCGCAGAGAUCAUUUCAGAAAUUCAGAGGGGCCUAACGCUUCUAAUAACCACCACUUAUAUCCAGGUGAGGAAAACGUUCCGAGCAGCGCUCAUUUUAGGCCGAAACCCGUGUCUCUCGAUCACACGGUUCCUCCAGAACAUGUUAAAGUGUUCAGUCGUACAUUAUUUGUUGGUGGUGUUCCACCCUCUAUGAAAGAGUAUGAUAUUGCUCACAUUUUGCGACCAUAUGGAGAGGUCCAAAGCGUGAUUCUGAAUAGCUCUAGAAAGCACGCUUUUGUCAAAGUUUACUCCAGACAGGAGGCUGAGAAUGUAUUGCACAACUUCAAUAAAGAUGGCUCUUCCCCGCUGAGGACGCGUUGGGGGGUUGGGUUCGGCCCCAGGGACUGUUGUGACUACCAACACGGCUACAGUGUCAUUCCGCUGCAUAGACUUACAGAUGCAGACAAAAAAUGGAGCGUUAGCGCUGAAUGGGGUGGCACGGGUGGCCAAACACUGCAAUCGGGAUUAGCAUUUGAAGAACCAGACAUUGUGGUGGGUGAAGGUGUAUCCUCCAAAGCUAUUUCACAAAAAAUGCCUACUGACAGCGGUAGAAAUGGUCCCAAGUCAGGUAAGCCAGUGAGAGGUCCCUCAUAUAGGAAUUCUCCUGGUGAUGGCCAGUUUUACAGUCAAAUGGCACCACUCCCCGUACAGCCUCAGGCCCCCGUUCAAAAUCAAUAUCCUCCCUCAAGCUACGGAUCGGGUGCCCCUUUGCCGGCAUACGGAGUUCCCAUGCCAACACAAGCAGCUCCUGCCCUAUAUGGUGGACAGGCGCCACCUGCUCAGCAGCGGCAGUUUGACCCAACUGCUCAGUUAAAUUCGCUGAUGAGUAUGCUCAAUCAGCAGAAAUGA